AUUCCAGUCCCAUCGCAGGCUUCGUGUCACCGUCGCCUCUCCAGAUCUCAACAUCCGGUCCAACUGUUGUAUUUUGAGAGGGUAGAAGUCUCUUCGCGAAUUAUUGUGCGACACCAGACUACCAUACCUACGAGCCCGCCAUCUCCCUUGAGCCAGCGCCAACUUCCACCGAGCAGCGCAACGCGACACCACCACCACCGAGCGCAUCGCAAGCGCAUACCUACCUUAGCAAGCGCAACCAUUCUCUCCAAGACGGGAGCGAUCGAAACCAACGGCCCUUAAUUCCCCAUCACCUCCCGUCCCCAGGCUGCGGUUCAAGUCUCUCCCUCCUUCUUUCCGACCCAUCGAUACAUAAUCCGAGCCGACUACAACAACUAUUCUCGCCAAGAACCAACACAAUGUCGGGUUCAGGAGGAGGAGGGGGCAAAAUCAACCCUAAAAACCUGCACUACGACCGCUCCGCCACGCUCCCUCCCUUUCUCGCCCGCUUACACGCUCAACACGCACCGGGAAACUUUGACGGUCCCGAUCCGAUAUUAGCUGCUAGACGGCGACCGACGAAGAAGAGAAGUGGGAGUGAGGAGGCGGAGGAUGCGCCGCUGAUAUUGGAUGAGGAGGGGAACGUGGUUGAUAGUGUGACGGUGGGGAAGGAUGGGACGGUGACGGAGAAGGAGCAGGUUGAGGGGAUAAGCGAAAGGAAGGAAGGAGAGGAAGAGGAAGAAGGUGAUGAGGCUGACAAGAAGGUUGAAGGAGGAGGAGGAGAUGCGAAAGAGGAAGAGGAAAAGCAGGAGAAGAAUGUGGGGAUAGGGGCGAGUAAGAAGAGGAAGGUGGGUAAGGUUAUUGGUGGUGGUGAUGCUGAUUCGGAUCAGGACGGAGAAGGAGAUGACAAAAAGCCAAAGGGGAAGACAGAUGCUGCUGCUGCUGCUGCUGCUGCUGCCAAGGACAGCGGAAAGACUGAAGAGGCAGAAGAGAAACCCAAGCCCAAGGCGACCAAGAAGAAGGCUAAGAAGAUCAAGCUUAGCUUUGGUGAUGAGGAGGGCUGAAACCCGAGCAUAAGGGCGUUGGGAGUUUACGAACACAAAAAGGGGCAUGCCGAAAGAAAGUUGUGCGCCCAAGACAAAUCAUGUCGGCGCAUAUCCUGAUAGCAAGGGCGCAAGAUGCGCGACCUGAUCGCAAGCUGGUGAACGACCAGGGACACGAAGUCCAUGUUUGUCUACACGCCGUUAUGCCCAGGAGUGCUUCCCGGGAGCUGCUCUGGAACAUCGUGGGGAGCUAUCUUUGGAUUUCGCAAGUCUUAUGGCUCGGUACCGCAAAGAAGGUUCGAGUCUAGAUGACCAUGCGAAUGCGCUUCGAGGAAUCAGUACUCGUAGCAAUCCUGGAUCUUCAUCAAGAGUAAUGCAAAUCCAAAACCUACUCGAGUU